GGCAUACGACACAGACCCUUUGGAAUUUUCUCCCCGCGCAGUGCCAGUGGGCUUUUCCGUGCCGUCAUUCGCUGCUCCGGCCGUACCCUAACCACAGAGAGUCGUGCUCUUUCUUCCUACCACCGUUAAGUUCUUGAGAGCAAAUCUCUGGGAGCGGAGGUGCAACUCCAAGCAGCUUCUUCACUCUCUUCCACCAGGAUCCAAUCGACAUGGAGUCGAAGCCCACCUCGGUUUGCCAUGUAGUGGCCUUGCCUUACCCCGGCCGAGGCCACAUCAACCCCAUGAUGAACCUCUGCAAGCUCUUGGUCUCCAAGAAGCCUGACAUCCUCAUCACCUUCGUCGUCACGGAGGAGUGGCUCGGCUUCAUCGGCUCCGACCCGAAGCCCGCUAACGUUCGCUUCGCCACGGUUCCCAAUGUUAUACCGUCGGAGCUCCACCGAGCCAAGAACUUCCCCACCUUCCUGGAAGCCGUCUUCACGAAGCUGGAAGCUCCGGUGGAGCAGUUGCUGAACAGGGUGGAGCUCCCGGUGGCGGCUAUCGUGGCGGACACGUACAUGCUGUGGGCUGUCAGGGUGGGUAAGCGGAGGAAUAUUCCGGUGGCUACGCUUUGGACGAUGUCGGUGUCGGUGUUUUCGGUGUUCCAUCAUUUCGAGAUGCUGAAGCAGAAGGGCCAUUUUCCGGUCGACUUGUCAGAGAGAGGAGAAGAGGAAGUGGACUACAUUCCAGGAGUCGCCAAGACCCGAAUCGCAGAUCUUCCUACGAUCUUCCACGGAAAUGGGCGCCAGGUAUUGGGCGGAGCCCUGGAGUGCACCGCCUGGGCAUCCAAGGCCGACUACUUCCUCUCCACCUCCUUCUACGAGCUCGAAUUCCCUGUCCUGGACGCCCUACAAUCUCAACUCUCUGCGCCCCUCUAUUGCGUCGGCCCCACCGUCCCCUUUAACGGCGGCGGCGACGGAGAUGGAGACGUGGCUUAUCUCCGAUGGCUGGACUCUCAGCCCAGAGGUUCGGUCCUCUACGUCUCGCUCGGGAGCUUCCUCUCGGUCUCCAAGGCUCAGAUGGAGGAGAUGGUGGCCGGGGUGCGGGACAGCGGGGUGCGGUUCCUGUGGGUGGCGCGCGGGGAGACGUCGCUGAUCGAGAGCGCAGGCGAGGAGGAGGACAUGGGAGUGGUGGUGCCCUGGUGCGAGCAGCUGAAGGUGCUGUGCCACCCUUCGGUGGGCGGGUUCUGGACCCACAGCGGGUGGAAUUCCACGCUGGAAGCCAUCUACGCUGGGGUCCCCAUGCUGACGUGCCCCAUCUUCUGGGACCAGGUCCCCAACAGCAAGCAGAUCGCGGAGGACUGGAAGAUCGGGUUGAGGGUUAAGAAGGAAGGUGGUGGCGGCGGUGCUGAGGAUUUAGUCACCCGGCAAGAAAUUGCACGGCUCGUGAGAAAGCUGAUGGAUGUGGAAAGCGACGAGGGGAGAGAAAUGAGGAAGAGAGCAAGAGAGGUGAGAGAGGCGUGUAGACGGGCGGUUGCCAGAGGCGGAUCGUCGGAUCGGAAUUUGGAUGCCUUCAUCAGUGACAUAGCUAGGGCCGAAUGAAUCCGAUAGAGGGAUAUGAUAUGGUGGGGUUAAGUUUUUGCUUUGUAUUUCCAAACGACAAUUUUCAUUUUGUUCAAUCAGACUCUGUUUCCUCUGUU